AGGGUGCAUACUCUGUGGAAUGUUACUCCUUUAACUGACUUCCUGUUCUCCAUCCAGAAUAAAGCAGCAGUGAGGUUCUGCUGCAAAGCUGUGCAACAUUUGUGAGUAAUGGAGGAGUAUUUAUAAAGUGGCUGUCAUUUAAAGCUGGAUAUACAGCUGUCAGAUGAGAGCAUGAAGCAGCCCCACCCACGGUGCUCCACGCCCACCCCUUCUACUUCACCGUGCCUGGCCGUGAGCAGCACAACGGGACGCAACAGGCGUGUGGAGUGAAGCGUCUCACUUGGCAUGAUCUGUCACGGAAAUCCCCCGUUGUUCUCCCCCUCUCCACGGGCUUGAAGGGGGGAAAAAAGAAGGCGCUGGAUCAAGCCUGCGUCGCGUCUGCUCCAAAAGAAAACCAGGCUCUGCCCUCCAACUUCACUUCAUACCACGCAUACCCGCCUGUCCCGGGGAUUGUUGCCCAUCCCAAAGAGGAGGAGAAGGGACGAUCAGGAGUUUCCAGGAUGGAUGGUCUAGUCCUCAUGCUGAAGAACAACCCUGGCCCUUCUGUGUGCCUCUUCUCCCUCAUCUUCAGGGGGAUCCACGGGUUGCUGCAAAGACUGCCCCUGCCCAAGUUGGUGCACCAGGAUGAAUUUCGCUCGUGGAAAUGGAAGAACCUCUCCGUGUCUAUGGUGCACUCCCUGCUGACGGGGACGUGGGCUCUGACUUGUGCGGCCAUUUGGCCGGAGACGCUACACGACCUACGCGCUUUCCACACGCCGCUGUCCUACCUGCUGGUUUGCGUUUCAACUGGAUACUUUGUGCAAGAUGCAGCUGAUAUCAUCCUGACGGGACACGGAAGAGGAUCAUGGGAAUUCUUAAUCCAUCAUGCGCUGGUGAUCUCGGCCUUCCUGUACGCCCUCUACACUCAGCUGUACGUCGGCGGUGCCGUGGUGGCGCUCUUUGUGGAGGUCAACAGCGUGACCUUGCACCUGAGGCUGCUGCUGAAGCUGGCGGGCGCCACGUCGUCCACCUUGUACCACGUCAACAAGAUAGCCAACAUCUUCACCUUCAUCACCUUCCGCCUCUGCUCCCAGUUCUAUCUCACCUGGUACAUCCUGCAUAAUUACUCCCGGCUGGAGCACGCCGCCUUCUUUCUGUUCGCCAUCAUGGUGAUGAACGUCAUGAUCACGGUCUACUUUUAUCGCCUGCUGCGCGCCGACUUCUUCAAGCACACGACGCACGGCCACGCCUCCAAAAGGUUCGUCGCCGACUGAGUGGACCACAGGAGAGCACUUUGUGUUGUUCCCUUCUUGACGAGUGAGAGUUUACCGAUUGUUUUGUAACUGAGACCGUUCCUCGCCGCCACGUUUCCCGGGUUCCCGCCAAGGAACACGCCUGUGAAGCAGGACAAGGUUUCGGCCUGGCCCGGCAUCUCAAUUCCAGGAAUGGUGGAAAGCUCUAAUUUGGGUAUUUGUGCUUUGCUAAAUGUACUAAAUCAUGUUUGGACAUUUGUUUGCCAAAGAAGGUUGGACAUUUUACGUGGAUCUUGUGUGCUAGCGAAGCAUUCUGACAGGAAAUGAAAGAGAAGCUCAGCCAAAGGACUUUUGGUCAUUUAGAAAAUGUCAAAAUAAGAUGAUUUCUUUGUUUGCCUCUAGCUGAUGAAGUGAUGAAUCCCAAAUAAAGAUGACACACCGUGAGUUA